AUGACGGGAAGACCGCCGUCCGGAUUACUUUCCACUUCCCUGUGCCGCGCCGUCGUUUACGGAACGGUGCUCGCCGUCACCAUGGUUACCGCGGCUGGGAUCACGCCCAGGCGCCAGACGGCCCAGUUCCAGUAUGGUUAUGGCUAUGGUUACGGUUACGGUUACGGUUACGGUUACGGUUUUGGUUAUGGCUAUGGCUAUGGCUAUGGUUAUGGUUAUGGUUAUGGUUAUGGUUAAGGUUAUGGUUAUGGUUAUGGUUAUGGUUAUGGUUAUGGUUAUGGGUAUGGUUAUGGUUAUGGUUAUGGUUUUGGUUUUGGUUAUGGUUAUGGCUAUGGUUAUGGUUACGGUUACGGUUACGGUUACGGUUACGGUUACGGCUACGGCUACGGUUACGGUUACGACCCUCACGUGUCCAUCACCUAG